GACUUGUUUUAUGGUCACCAUGGGUAGAUUUAAUGAAUAGCAUGCCAUCUUAUUGGAAAAUUGAAAUGGACAAAACUGACUUUAUAGUUCGUACGCUAAGUAUUUAUAAACUCGGUCCACCAACCUCUAUUUCAAUUAAAUAUCUUGAACGUGUAAAAAUUCUUUCGGAAAAAAUUAAACAAAAAAAACCAAAAGUAGUCGGACACCCUUCUUUUAAUACAGUUCCAAGAUUUAAUUUAUAUUGCGCAAAUGAAGCUUUGGCCAUUCCAUAUGUUAGUCCAAUGUUAGCUGAAAGUUUGGGAAAUCUACCACCUAUUUUAUGUCAAGUAGGUGGUGGAGAAAGAUUUCUGGAUUCAAAUAUUUUAUUAAGUUUCAGAGCUUCUGAUCCGAGUAAAUUUCAAUUACCUAAAUAUGCUACAAUGAAUUUUGCUAAUUCACCAUUCAAAAAGCCUACCGAUGUCAUACUUGAAGUUUAUGAAGGAGCGUGUCAUUGUUUUCAAGAUAGAGCUCCUAAUGAAAAAAUUUCAAAGUUCUCAAUAAAACGUUCUUGCGAUUUUAUCAAGAAUCAUACACUUAAUGAAAGUAUUCCAAAUGAAGCUGAGAAUAAAUCUUUUCAGGGUAUUCAAAAAACUAUUAAUACUAUUGCAAUUAACCCAAAUUGUGAUAUUAGAGAGUUAGAUGAAAAAUUUCUAGAAUGUCUAAACUGGGAAAAUAUUGGUGUUGUCCCAGAAUUAGAAGUUGACAUGUAA